AUGGCCACUAAGUCAGGAAUCGCUGUUGGUUUGAACAAAGGUAAGAAGGUCACUUCUAUGACCCCAGCCCCAAAGAUCUCUUACAAGAAGGGUGUUUCUUCUAACAGAACUAAAUUCGUUAGAUCUCUAGUUAGAGAAAUUGCUGGUUUAGCUCCAUACGAAAGAAGAUUAGUUGAUUUGAUCAGAAACUCUGGUGAAAAGAGAGCUAGAAAGGUCGCUAAGAAGAGAUUAGGUUCUUUCAAGAGAGCUAAGGCUAAGGUUGAAGAAAUGAACAACAUCAUUGCUGCUUCCCGUCGUCAUUAA